AUGUAUGAUAUAUGUAUAAACUCCUUAUCUAAGGUACAUCAGUGGGUGGCUAGAGCACCACUUCAUCGUCAGAAAUGUCAGAAACUAACAAAAAUUCUGCAACAAACAGAUUGGCAAGUUGUUACAGGAGCCAAUAAGGGGAUUGAAUUGGAGAUAUGUCGACGGUUAGCCGCUAAUGGUGUUAUAGUGGUGUUAACAGCUCAAGAUGAGAAGAAGGGUGUUGAAGCUAUUGAGAAGCUCAAAGGGUCUGGACUCUCUGAUGUGGUUUUCCAUCAGCUUGAUGUUACAGAUCCUGCUAGUAUUGCUUCCUUUGCUGAUUUCAUCAAAACCCAGUUUGGAAAGCUUGUUAGCUUAGUGAACAAUGCAGCAAUAAAUGUGACUACAAUAGAUGAUGAUGCUUACAGAGUUGUGAUGGCAGUGGAUGGUCCUCCUGAAGUUAGGGGAGCCAAAUAUAGGGAAUUAACAAGAGAGACCCAUGAAAUGGCUGAAGAAUGUGCGAAAGCAAACUAUUACGACACCAAAAGAGUGACUAAAGCACUUCUUCCACUUCUUCCACUUCUUCAGCUAUCUGAUUCACCAAGAAUUGUUAAUGUUUCAUCAUCUGCAGGGAAGCUAUAGGUGUAUAGGAUAAGCCCAAUCUUGUUGAGAAGUAAAUGCAUUCCUUAGAAAUUGCUUAAUGUGGGUUAAUAACAUUCACAACCGAAUGAAUUUAGUAAUAAGAGGAGCAAGCUAAUCCUUUUCAUUCCUUAUGACCUCCCCCAAACCUCAC